ACUAGCUCUCGUCCGCAGUGGCUGUGGCAGUCAGCAGAGAUGCAGGAAAAUCGACGUAGUUAGCUUCGAGAGGUUGCACUCGGUCGGACGUGUGAGAGGAAGACUUGAAAUGAACAGGAUAAGAAUCCACGUUUUGCCCUCGAGCCGGAACCGGGUGACCCAGACGGCACGACCUCAGGAGCCCCAGGGCUGCUCCUUCACCCUGCGUCCAUGUUCUCAGCCCCGUCUGGAGGGUCUGGAGUUCUGCAUCAAACACAUUCUGGAGGACAAGAAUGCACCGUACAAGCAGUGCAGCUACGUCUCUGCCAAGAAUGGCAAACGCUGCCCCAAUGCUGCACCAAAGGCCGAGAGGAAAGAUGGAGUGACGUUCUGUGCAGAACAUGCUCGCAGGAAUGCCAUGGCGCUCAGAGCUCAGAUGAGAAAGGCUUCUUCCGGUCCGUCCCCAGAGACUCUAUUAUCUCAGCUCAGUGGAUACAACCGUGCAGAGACACACAACCCGGAUGGAGGACGCUCUGAAGGCAGCCGAGUUCUUGAGGAGGACAGUCUGAGUGAGGAGGAACAGGGACCUUUGGUACUGGACCAGACAUGGAGAGGAGACCCAGACAGUGAGGCUGACAGCGUUGACAGUGAUCACGAAGACCCUCUGAAACAUGCAGGAGUGUACACAGCAGAGGAAGUGGCGCUGAUCACUCGGGAAAAACUCAUCAGGCUCCAGUCGCUGUACAUCGACCAGUUCAAACGCCUGCAGCACCUGCUGAAGGAGAAGAAGCGCCGAUACCUGCAUAACCGCAAAGUGGAACACGAAACUUUAGGGAGCAACCUGCUGACUGGGCCUGAAGGUUUGUCCACGAAGGAGAGGGAGAAUCUGAAGAAGCUGAAAGCUCUGCGUCGGUAUCGUCGUCGGUACGGUGUGGAGGCUCUGCUGCACCGACAGCUCAGGGAGAGGAGGCAGGGGGUCACAGAAGGAGUCCCACAGCCACACACAAGAACAGUGAACGAAAAAUGCAUCUCCUUCGUGGAGGGAAUCCGAUGCACCAAUCCCUGCCUGCCAAUGGCCCGACACUGUGUCUCCCACAUCUAUCAGGACAGCAACCAGGUGCUUUUCAAAAUGUGUCCGGGCCUGAAGGACGUCCCGUGCGAUCGCACCGUUCACAUGGGCCAGUCCGACGACCCCCGCUGCCCCCUCCACCUCACCCUGCCUCCCCCCAUGUACCAGCCGGAGCAGGAGCCUCCGCCACAGGAGCAGUUCACCCCCGCAAGCAAAGACAUGUACCUGAGUGCAGCAGAGCUUCAGCCCACAGAGAGCCUUCCUCUGGAGUUCAGCGAUGACCUGGAUGUGGAAGGAGACGGGAUGCAGGGUCCUCCGUCCCCCCUACAGUUUGACACGGCUCUGGCCCUGGAGGACCAAACCAUCAGAGCCAUCGCAGAAGCUCCGAUGGACAUCCUGACCGGAGACGAUCCAGACCAGGUAGACCUGGACACGUCGGGACAGGAUCUGUCAGAGAGGGAUGUGGACGCCAUCAUGGAUGACCAGGUGGUCGGAGGCGAAGAAGACGCCACCGAUAGUUCGCUCCAAGACACCGACUCCGCUGCAGCCGACGCUCCCAGAUGAACAAACGCCACGAAGGAUUUUCACUGCAAAACUUUAGAACGAAACCUGCGAUCGGAGCUUGGUUUUGUUGUACGGAUGAGGCCCCUGUGGAAAUACUGUAGCCGCAGUGGAAUAAAACAGCAACAGCAUUGAUGUUUGGAGGAAAAAUGUAAAUAUAAUUGCAAAUUCAGUUCUAAUAAAACACUGUUGAAUGAG